AUGUCAAUCGAAAAUCGCGACGAGGCCAUUCGAGAGGCCAAGAUCUUCGUUCGCCAAGUCGUGCGAAAUGACUGGGAGUUCGACUCUAGUCUAUAUGCCGACGGCACACGUCCUCCCCCAUCAACCUCCUCAACCCUCACGGACGGAACUCUCUGCGAGAACCGUGAAGUUGUUGAAUGGCGAUGCCGAGAAUUCGACAGCGCAGGCUCGGAACUUGAGCCUCAAUCGUCCGAUCAAAGUGACUCUGACUGUCAGUCACCCAGCAGGGCUGCAGGGGACCCUGGAAUUGAACGGCGGCGCAGGCGUCGGCGGCAGAUGGAAGAUGAGAUGGCGUGGAAUGAGGGGUUGCGAAUGUGGAUGGCCAGACGGGACGCAUGGUCUGGAGCCAGGACACAGCGGCAGAUUCGUGCCAAGGAAAAGAAGCGCAAGCUUUCUGCUGCUGCUUCACAAAAUCAAGCAAACGGGUCGUCUGACGUGAAGACAGUGGAUGCUGCACAAGACGGUGGUGCGGGGAUUCCCCCGCCCACGGACCCCCCGACCCACGGCGAGGUCGGUGACACCAGUAUGCUUGCAAACAAGACGGAGGCAUGUCUUUCAAUCACAGAUAAGGAGAAGGGUGAAGAUCAACUGCACCGUCAGGAGCAAGAGGAGGAACAAUCAACAGCGCCAGACGAGGAAACUAAGCGCAAGGAAUCGACGGAAACCUGCAUCACCGAGCCGGACCAGACUCCAAGCUAUACUUCGCGCGUAGGAGCAGAGGAUCGUGAUAAGGACUCAGGUGACGAGUCUGACUCUGAAGAAGAGGAAGAACUCGACGAGCCUCUUAUCCCAGUUGCGCCUCCGUUCAUCUCCUCUGCCAACCCCGUUCGCGCAACGAUCACUCCCUCGAUCUACCCAUCGAUCUACACCAAAGUCGUCGUACAGGGCAUGACUCCUACCAUCCCAGUCAAUCUCGCUGACUUGACCAAGGCAAUGGUUCAAGGAUGGAAGUCGGAUGGACAGUGGCCCCCAAAGCCGGCGGUUUCGUCCAUUGUCCUCCAGGACGAUGCGUCCGUCCCCAAAAAGGCGGCCGACUCGCCUGCUGAUGGAGCUCCUCAGUCAAGGCGCAAGAAUAGUAUCACCAAUGCCAUGCGCAAGGUCUUCCAUAUGGGAACGCAUCCAUUCCACCGUCGUGGAUCGACUAGCCAGGAUGCCGGUGCCGGAAGCAACGCUGCUAACGGCGCCGCUGCUUAA